CAGAAAAGGUCUAUCAGCCGAGGAACCAGCCGGAGCCAGUUCAUAUCACUGGAUGAUUUAGACACGCUUUGUAAUUGUCGGGUUCUUUAGUCGCUGCAGUUUUCCUGUUGGUGAUUCCGUCGGAGCUGAUAAAAGGAAACACAUACUGAUAAGAAAACAGCAGAAGAACCCCGACACUCGGGGUUGCACUCCUCCCUCCUUCUCCAAGCCAGAAUCUAUUGUGAAAGGAACUUUACAAAAGAAAAUGGAGAAUCUGCACUCCCACUGCCUUAAAUGCAUCAACAGAAGAUGCAUGGUAAGAACGGAAGCAGGCGUUAGCUGUGACCUCAUCGGCUGUCCUCUUGUCUGUGGGGCUGUUUUUCACUCAUGCAAACUAGAGGAACACCGUCUGCUGUGCCCAUAUGAGCGGCUGCCAUGCCUCAACAGCGGCUUUGGCUGCCCAUUCACUAUCACAAGGAUCAAGAUGGCACAACAUCUUGAGACAUGCCCGGCGAGUAUAGUAUGUUGUACUAUGGAGUGGAAUCGCUGGCCUGUGAGCUACUCUGACCGCAAGUCCUAUGAAAACUUAAGCAAAGACUUUGAUGAGGUGGAGCAGCUAGACAUGGCUUUGGCCCUGCAGGAUCAGAGGAUGUUAUUAGAGUCACUGAAGGUUACAACCACUGUGUCAAAGAAUGGAGAGAAAGAAGCAGAUGAAAAUGACAAGAUGGCCACAGCGUCAAGUCUCCCAGAGGCUGCUUUAAGUAAUGGAGCUGUGGAAAUGGAAGAGGAGCCCUAUAAUGAGUUGUAUAGAGCCUCAGUGGAGACAAGCAGAAGUUUAGCAGCGGCCUUGGACAUCCUUACUAAUUCCAAGGAUAUUGGUGCUUUAGUUGGAAAUUUAAAUGGGGAAAAGACUGAUAGGAAUGGAGCAUUACAUAAUGGUGAAAAUGGUGAUAGUCAUAAUAUUUAUGUCGCAGAGGGUGGGAAGAAUGUAGAUAUGCAGGAGAGCGACUCUGAUUCAGAGUGUGAGCUGGGAGCAGUAGGUGGAGUGGACUGUGCUGUGGGGACUGAUGGAGAAGAAGAUGGAAUUGGAUGGGUAGAAGAAAAUGAUUUUGUGGAAUUAUUAUUUGAAGAGAAGGAAGAAAGUACAGAGGAACCAAUAAAUGAUUCCAACGUUGUCUGGCCAGAGAUGCCUCAGGAUUACAUGCCUGUUAUAGCACUGGAACCUCCUGUGCCUCAACAAGCACCACUUUCACCUCCAAUGCCAUUCCUGCUGUCUGAUCAUGUGAGAAACAACUUCUUACAACACUUACCUUCUGAACUCAGGUACAGGUGUUUGGAGCGAAAACUACAAAAUGUAGAAGUGCUCAGAGGAAUAAGUAUGUUUACAUUUAACGGACGCCGGGCCCUGCUGUCAGACCCUUACCUGUUCCGAGCAAAGAUGGAGGACAAGGCUGUGGACACGUCUGACCUGGAAGUAGCGGAUGACCCCAUGGGCCUUCAUGGCAUUGACCUCAUCACUGCAGCUUUGCUCUUUUGCCUUGGGGACUCUCCAGGAGGCAGAGGAAUCUCAGACAGCAGGUUUGUCGACGGCUACCACAUUGACUUUGGUACUCAGACAUUCUCCUUCCCCUCAGCCAUUCUUGCAACCAACACCAUGGUGGGAGAUAUCGCCUCAGCCUCGGCCUGCGAUCACGCCAGUCCACAGCUUUCAAACCCAAGCCCCUUCCACACACUCAGGCUGGACCUGGUGCUUGAAUGUGUGGCACGAUACCAAACCAAGCAGCGCUCCAUGUUCACGUUUGUGUGCGGGCAGCUGUUCCGGCGUGACGAGUUCUCGUCUCAUUUUAAAAAUGUUCACGGGGAUAUUCACGCUGGACUCAAUGGCUGGAUGGAGCAACGCUGCCCCUUGGCCUACUACGGCUGCACCUACUCCCAAAGACGAUUCUGCCCGUCUGUGCAAGGCUUCAGAAUCAUCCAUGACAGGCACCUUGGCUCCUUUGGCGUUCAGCCUGGUUUGCCUUUAAAAACUGGGGACAGCCUUCAUAGAAACACCUACAAGUUCAAGUCUCAGAGCGACCAAUUCAGCGGUCUUCCAUUUGAGGUGUUGCAACAUGUAGCAAGCUUCUUGGACAGCUUUAGCUUGUGCCAAUUAUCUAGGGUGUCCCGCACCAUGAGGGAUGUGUGUGCUAGUCUGCUCCAGAUGCGUGGCAUGGUUGUGCUGCUGUGGGACAAGAAAAGACGAGCUGAUGGGUCUACAUCAUGGCAGAUCACAGACAAGGUUUGGCGAUUCAGCACAGCGUUUGGUACAGUCAACGAGUGGAAGUUUGCCAACAUCGCCAGUAUGGCCGACCACCUCAAGAAGUGCAAGUUCAACACAAUCGCUCGUCGGGAGGAGGCGAUCCCCCUGCCGUGCAUGUGCUUCACUAGAGAGCUCACAAAGGAAGGGAGGUGUUUACGCUCCGUCCUCAAACCAGUAGCAUAAGUGACAUUUACAUUGAAGUCAUCCUGUGGACAGCUUUGAGACCACUAGAACUCAAAAAAGUGUAAUUUCCUUUCCAGUGUUUACAUCUUUACCAUCUUCCAUCCUUAUCAACAGAGAGAACUCCUGAUUAAACAGGUCAAACUGUUGCUUGUUCAUUGCCUCACUUUAAAAUAGUCUGCACUCCUAUAAAAAAAACUGCCAGUAGUUGGAUGAUUUGUUCUCCAGUGGAGGUGGAUGUGCUGCGAUCACACAUUGGGAUGGAAAACAAGCAGAUGAAAUCAGUAGCCUUGUAUCUUCCACUCUGAUGGACUUAAUACCAGUGUACUGAAGUUGUACCCUUCUACUCUCACUUUAUGUAAAUAAUCAGAUGUAGAAUUUUUUUAUUUUUGUAUUAAAAGGACAGUACUGUGCUAUGAUGGAGGUGAGAGUAGAGCCUUAACUUAUGAAACACUUGAUGUUCUUGACACGAGGUUGUCUGGAAGAUCUCAGUGAGAUUUCCCUGCUGCUUCUUGCUGGAUCAGUUUACUGGUAUCUUGUUUUAUAUCUAAUCCUGAUACCAAGAGUGACCGUGCGUGCUCUGCUUAGAGCUCAUAGACUUUACAGCUUUGAUGCUACACUUUUAAGACUGACCAAACAUCUGUGGUAGCUGUGCACAAUGAAGGCCAUCUAUCAGAAUGGUCAUACUGUAUUCACUGUGGGUGUUGAUUUGUGUUCACCAGCAUCAGCAUGUCACCACCAUCAUGUUUGGUGUUCUUUUGUAGUGAGAUUUGUGGUUUUGUGGCAGAAUCACAGCAGCUUCAUAGGGGGUCCAUAUUCAUGACUAAUGGGCAGGCAUGUUAGUCAGAUGAAAGAACAAAAACACUACUCACCAGCCAAAAGGCAAAACAUUUUCAGCUGUGGUUUGUCUGAUUUACCAGCUAUUGUUACAAGUAACCAGCAGUUUGUAGGCUAUUUUAUACUGAAAUGUAGCAAGUUAAAAGAUGAAUGUACUCGAUAAAUAAGAAUCCAUCAGUGAUUGUGGUUAGCGUGUGAGCUUUUUUCCAGUACUUGUAUUGGAAAUGCCUCUGAUCCUGCCUAAGAUUCUGUACCAGGUAUCGUCAGAUACCAGUCAGUGAACAGCUCUAAUACAGGGAUGUAUUAGUCACAAAAGAGGCAUGCUUCAAGUUCUCUUAAAAUAGUAGCAAGCACAGCAAUAAUACAGUGAAUGCUGGUAGGAGCUACAGUUGCAGCAAAGUGGAACUGGUAUCAUUUUAAAGAUUGUGUGAAGAACAGGAGUGUAGCAGAAGCUGAGAGAAAAAUAUCAGGAUUCAGUGUUCUCAAAACAUGUUUAUGACUCCUUUUUUAAACUAAAGGUAGGAUAUUUGGAAAUGGUUAUAUGUUAAAAGUAAGGGUUGGGCUAACACCAGAGCAGCUGCUAAAGUGGGCUAAGGAUGUUUAAAGGUUAUGGUUUUUUUAAUGUACUCGGCCAGAAGAUCCGACAACAAAACAAUCACAUCUCCUUAACCGGUUUAAAGCAGUGGUUCUCGACUGGUCUGGCAUCAGGAUCCAACACCACUUCCUUAUGAGAAAUCGUGACCAAAAGUUUUGAAAACGUUCCAUAACUCAAAUUUAUUUAACAAAAGACUGGACCCUAAAUGAAAACAAAAACAUAUUGAGCAAAGAGACAAGACAAAACACGUGUUUAAAGCUCAUUAUUACAGAAGAACACACAUGCAUACAUCUUGUUUUACUCUAUUUUCCCCACACAGCAUGGAUAUUUGGUAUUUCUUUGAGGAAUUUCCUUGCUAUGUUGGGAAAACCAAAGAAAAGGAUCCAAAGAAAAGGAGAUGAAUAAGUAGAAACCAUGAAACAAAUUUUGAAAUGUACUUUUCAUCAUAGGAUACCCUUAAAGAAGUGCAUGUAUGAAUUUACUCUAUGUCCACUUAAAGCUUCUGAAUAUAGAAUUUUAUGCUAUGCGUCUUUUUUUCCAUAUACAUAUUCGCUGCCCACUGGAAAGAGCUCUGCGACCCACUUUUGGGUCCUGACCCACCAGUUGAGAACCACUGGUUUAAAGAAUAGAACUUUUAAAAGUUUCAACUGAUAUGUAUAUGAUAUGCAUCUUCGUAUUGGAAUCACAGAGGAGAGAAUAACAGUAUCCAGACCUUUCCUCUCUAAGUGUCUGUUUCAUAAAAACCUGCAGGCCAGGUGUGAAUAAAAAGAACAGGCAUACACUUCCCUUCAAAAAUGAACAGAACUGAAUAUGUUCAUUAUUUAUCAGCAUCGUGUGCCUUAGGCACUACACGCUCCGUGCAUUGGGAUGUUGGCGUCUCAGGGUUGUUGCAGGAACUUGGUCUCAGAGUAGAUUCUGAGUAGCUGACUAGUGUUAAACUACACAACAGCUUGUCAGCUUCUUGAUAAUUGUGGGGUCUUAGAACUGACCAUUGAACCACUCAGUAUUACAAUGAUGUAACGGUGUGUGUUGCAGUGCAGGACUUACAAAUAACAUGUUUCAUGUUUGUUAUUCAUCAGCAGCAAGGCAGUCAGGAGGCGAGCUGUUGGAUUAUUGUUCUCGGGGGUGAUCAGAUUUGUUAAAAUGACCGUUUGGGUAUAGGUUAAUGUCUAAUAACACAUAAUUUGAUCCCUUGUGUGUGAAGGUGGGUUUAAAUAUUUUAAUGUAGAAAUGAAAUGUUGCAGAUGGAGAAAAAAAGGAUGUCCCUUGAGAAAGUUGUGUUUUUGUUUUGUAUUUCUGAAGUUUGAUGUAAGAGUCUAAACAAUGUCGGAACUAAGAUGUCUUUUUACUCUUUAAUAAGUCCCUGAUCCAUGUUUGGUUUAUUUCUUAUUUUGUUUUUGUACUGGUACUUCUGAAAAGAAAAAGAAUCGGCCUCUGUGAUGUUCAGAUUUGUGUUUGAAUUAUUGAUUUGCACAUGAAGGCAUGUACUGUAAAAUUUAAAUCAUAAUGCUGAGGGUGGUUUUCUUUGCUCAAGUAGCAUGAAUUUCCCUCCCUCGUGUUUUGCAUGUGAGUUUGAUGUCUUUGAAAAAGAAUAUUGUUUGGUCCUGUUGCAGGUUCAUACAGUUAAUUCUCAGGCACAUUGCAUCUUCAUAUUUACUGUUAUGUUUAAAAAAGUGUUGAAAUUCAGCCAGAUCUGAGCACAUGCCCUCAUUGUUUUGGUUUAAUGGAAGCUUUGUAAAGAGACAAAUUCAGUCAACCAAUACACCUCUCCUUGUUUUAUAAUAAUACUGUCUUUACAGGCACUUGGACUGAACCAACACUGUCAUCAACACUUCAAGUUUUGUUUUCACGCCUGCUAAAGUGUAUUUCACCACUGUAUGCCGGCUUCAUGUGUUUGACUUUUGAAGCCUUUUAAUAAAGAGGCUCUGUUUGUA